ACUCCCAUUUCCCCAAGUAAAGCGCGACUCCGAAUUGAAUCAAUUUCCCCAAACGUUUUUAUGUGAAACCCAAAAGGAAGCAAGCUGCAAUUAUUCACAGGGAACAAAAAGAAAACCAACACCUCGUUUUAUAAAGAAAGAAAAAAUAAUAAUAAAAACAACAACAACAAAGGAGCUGUGAUAACGCGUUAACAGAGGAAAUAAGUGGCGUUCAGGGCUGUAUUCAUCGACUGAGGAGGCAGACGUAUCGAACCCUCGCACACAAGGAACCGGUACCUCUAAAUUUCUCACAUGGAGUCCGUCCAAUCUGAGAUGAGCAUCUUGGUCAACGGGAAAAGUCAUGAUCCUGGGGAUGAUAUGAAUGGCCAGAUGAAGACCAUAAUGGAGGAAGACCCAAAUGCCACUCAGAACAGAUAUGAUGAUCCUGAUGGAAAUCUGGCUGAAAAUGUUGAGUUUUUGCCUGGAGGUGAGGGCAAAAAACCCCGUUUCACUGAUUUUGAAGGGAAGACCUCUUUCGGCAUGUCUGUCUUCAAUCUCGGCAAUGCCAUCAUGGGCAGUGGGAUUUUGGGUUUGGCCUACGCCAUGUCUAACACCGGCAUCGUCCUCUUUUUGUUCCUCCUCACGGCAGUUGCUGUUCUUUCAUCCUACUCCAUUCACCUCUUGCUAAAAGCCUCUGGUGUUGUGGGAAUCAGAGCCUAUGAGCAGCUCGGUUUCCGGGCCUUUGGGACACCGGGCAAAAUGGCAGCUGGAAUCGCUAUAACACUGCAGAACAUCGGAGCUAUGUCCAGCUACCUAUUUAUUGUUAAGUCCGAGUUUCCUCUGGUCAUCCAAGCCUUCUUGAGGGCAGACACCAACUCUGGAGAGUGGUAUCUGAAUGGUAACUAUCUUGUGGUUAUGGUCUCCGUAUCUAUCAUUCUGCCUUUGGCCCUCAUGAAGCAGUUGGGUUACCUUGGUUACACGAGUGGCUUCUCUCUCAGUUGCAUGGUUUUCUUCCUCACUGCGGUCAUCUAUAAGAAAUUCCACAUCCCUUGCCCUUUUGAAGAGUUCUCCGCUAAUAACACAGCCAGCCACCUGCUCGCAACCGAGUUGCCAGUCACUGAUUUUCACCAUGAUGUGGUGGACGAUGCACACUGCUCUCCUCGUAUGUUCACAAUGAACUCUCAGACGGCAUACACCAUCCCUAUUCUUGCCUUCGCCUUUGUGUGUCACCCCGAAGUGCUUCCCAUCUACACUGAGCUGCGCAACCCAUCUAAAAGGAAAAUGCAGCACAUCUCCAACAUCUCAAUCUUCAUUAUGUAUGUGAUGUAUUUCCUCGCUGCCCUGUUUGGAUAUCUGACCUUCUACGGGAACGUGGAGGCAGAGCUGCUGCACACCUACAGCAAGAUCGAACCCUACGACACUCUGAUCCUGUGUGUGCGAGUGGCUGUGCUCACAGCUGUCACGCUGACUGUGCCGAUUGUCCUGUUCCCGGUGCGCCGGGCCAUUCAGCAGAUGAUCUUCCCCAACAAGUCGUUCAAUUGGAUCCGUCACAUCAUCAUCGCCUUCAUUCUCCUCACCUUCAUCAACAUGCUUGUCAUCUUUGCACCGAACAUCCUGGGCAUUUUCGGAAUUAUCGGUGCGACUUCUGCUCCCUGCCUCAUCUUCAUCUUCCCUGCCGUCUUUUAUAUCCGCAUCGUUCCCAAAGAGGACGAGCCCAUGCGCUCCACAGCCAAAAUCCUGGCUGCCUGCUUUGCUGGUUUGGGUGUGCUGUUUAUGACUAUGAGUUUGAGCUUCAUCAUCAUCGACUGGAGUACAGGAAUCAGCAAUGUUGCUGGUGGCCACUAGAGGACAGUUCAAGUUUGUGUGUCUGUGUGUGAGAGAGAGAGAGUGUAUGAGUGCGUGAGUGAUCAGGGGAGUGUAUUGACAAAAUUUCUGUUAUACACAGGUUGAGCGAGGCUCAACUGAAGCACAUUUUUGUAUAUUUCUUUUCUUUUUCUUUUUUUUUUGUGUUGGAUUGUUUUUAGUGUAGUUCUCAGUUCCAGCACCAAACACACAUGAACCAGAUAAUCAACACAGUUUUAACAAAACAAAAAACAAACCAUCAAGAAAACCCAAAUUGAUCAGUCGAUGAGGAUUUUAAAGACAGACUUUUAUUACCUUUGGGGUUUAGGCUGCGUUGGAUUGGUUAGAGAGAGAAACCAGCAGGAUGAUUGCAAUGAUUAAUGAUUGCCCUAUUUGAGAGAAAAUGCUAAUUGCCACGGAUCUGAACUUUCAGGAUUCAGUCUCAGAUUAUUCAGUGUUAUCUUUCCUCGUCUGCCAUUUAGAAUGCUAUACCUGGGUACUAGAAUGCUUAUUCGAACAGAUCUACAGCUAGCUCUGUAUGAAACAUUUUAUAUUUUGUAACGCGUAUUGAAGUAGCUUAGAUAUAAAAAAAAAAAAUCCUAAUUAUAAUAAUAAUACUAAUCCAGCAUGGUCCAGAAGUCUCCAAAUGUGGGGCAAGUGAACACUUUUUAUCAAAAUGGCCAAAACUUCUUCAUUAACGUCAUUUCUUUGUAAACCCACGGAGUUGUCUUUCAAAACUAUGGCUCCCAGUUUGUUUUUACUGAAAAUGUCCAUUGCAACCUUGCAACAGAUUCGUGAUCCAGCCAUGAGAAUGAUUACUGUAUAUUCUUUUGUCAAAGGCAAAAAAAAAAAAAAACUUUUGGUAGAACCUGUAAUAAAAAAAAAAGAUUUUUUUUUUUUUAUUGCCAAUCAUAGGAGUGGCAUGUUAUAGAAAGUUUAGCAAAUUUGCUAUUGAAACGUUUUUAAUUUUCCCCAGAAUGAAGUGUUGGAUAUAGUUGAAGUCACAUGUUGGAAUCUUCAGGCAGAAUAUUCAUAUGUAGUAGCUUCAGCUGUAACUAUAGUAAUGUCUCUGAGCAUUCCUUUCCUUCAUGCUGUCAUGCAUCGAAUACAGGAGGAAUGUGUGUGUGUGUGUGUGUGUGUGUGUGUGUGUGUGUGUGUGUGUGUGUGUGUGUGUGUGUGUGUGUGUGUGUGUGUGUGUGUGUGUGUGUGUGUGUGUGUGUGUGUGUGUGUGUGUGUGUGUGUGUGUGGUGUGUGUGUGGUGUGUGUGUGGUGUGUGUGUGGUGUGUGUGUGUGUCUGUCUGUGUAGACCAAAAUCAGCUGCUGUUAGAGAAACAGGUCUGUGGUGCUGAAGCCAUCUUAAAUAUACGACACAGGGAUUUUGUACGGUUUCUCGUAAAGUACAAAAGUUCCUUCCUGUGUCUGCGAAAAUUGACAAGUACAUUUAACGAUAAGUUAAGCACUAUUUAUUACCAUGUAUGAACUAUUUUUUAAGCCAUCGGGUGAGUUUUUGACACACACAAAAACUGUCGAUCAUAUUUAACCAUAUAUUCAUUUUCAGUAUUUCGAACGAGAUGAGUGAUUUAUGCAGAAGGUUUGCAAAAGCUGUAUCUUGUAAAUAUUGACGGCUAAUUGUGCAAAGCUCACGAACGGAAUUUAAACUCGUGAAUUUUGACAGAGUAAGACGUGUAGAAAUGACAUGUACGUAUAAUUUAUAUGGAUUAAACAAAACCUUACCUCCUCCUUUUUUCCUGUACCUGUGCUGUUUUGAGGUGUUUGAUGUGAAUCGUGCCUUAUUGACAUCGGUCCUCUGUAAAGGAUAGUGUUUGUGUGUUACAUGAUUAGUUGUAGUUGGGACACCUGAUUCGAAACCUACUUAAUGUCCAUGGGACGUUCUGUGCUGGGACAGCAACAAUGACCGUUCAACGAUAGAGUGCUUAACAUGUUAAAACAUGAUAGAAUGACCUCGGAGUCAAACGCCUCCAGCACCAAGAACCUUCAUCCAGCACCAAGAACAGCGACUCUUGUUGCACAUAGAUAUUAGAAAGUAGUAAUAAAAAGAAUGUUGACUCCUUGCUAACAAAAAUGGCCAACAGGUCAAGAUUUUUAUUACUGUCUCUAUUCUAAAUGUUUGUGUUUUUUUUUAUCUCUCUGAAAAAUAUUUUUAAGAUUUUCGACAACAGUGUGAUUAAGAAUUGCGCCAUGAAAAAAUUAAUGUCUUUAGAUAGAUUUCCAUACAAAUGCUUUUCCAUUAGGUGGUAUAUUGCAAAAUUGGUCUGAAUGGUAAAAAGUAAUUUUAUAGUUGCUAAAUGAAAGGUAGAAUUGUGACGAAGUUACACUAAGUUAUGAAAAGGAACUCGGUAAAUAAACUAAAGGUCCUAUUUAUACCCUAUACAGUGUAGAAGAGAAGGUUGAAUCGAAUGGCCAGAAUAAUUUGAACUUUUUUUUUUUUUUUUUUUUUCAUCCAAUGUUAUAUUUACAAACAUACUUUUUUUUAGUAUAGCGUAGGGAAGUGCUUCCCCACACAGCCCUUGAGUAUUAGUAUUGUAUUCUUUUCUGAUCACUUGUUCACGUUGUUUUAUUUUACAUAGCAGUAUAAGUGAUUUACUGACAUGACAUAACAAUUAAGGAGCGUGUUUACUCGCAGAGUUUAUGGGGACGGUUUAUUUUGGCGACUUUACAGCACUUUGAUUUCAUGUAAUAUUGAAAGACAAUGUGGCUAUUGUUUGGAUUAUUUUAUCGAAUUUCUCUAGACUGGAACUCUGCUUUGUUCAUCAAACCAAAAACUAGGGCUAAUGCCCCAUCAGGAAGUCUGAGCUCAUACCAAAGGGUCUUUAACAUGCAGAUUUUGACAGACAGACAUCCAAUGUGUCGGACAGCUAUUCUAUACAAUUAUCCCAUUGUUCCUUAUGAUGAUGUUUAAAGUCAUGAAUCCGGGAUUACUGCUUUUUUGUGACUCUGUGGUGGGAAUAUACAAAUGUAAACACCGCUUCUGUUUAUGCCUGUCAAGCUUGUAUAGUGUAAAUAGCAGAACUGGUUUUAGUUUAAAAAUAAAGAAAACAUAUUUAGUUGUUUCUAA